AUUUUAGGAAAUGAAAGCUGGUGUUGCCAACAUUAAAACAUCUCAGCUACAUUUGGUGGAUUUAGCAGGAAGUGAAAGGCAGAAAGACUCAAAAGCUGAAGGUAUGAGGCUGAAAGAGGCUGGUAGCAUCAAUAGAUCUCUUUCAGCUUUAGGUAAUGUUAUUAUGGCACUGGUAGACAUAGCACAUGGCAAGACAAGACACGUACCAUACAGGGACUCAAAACUCAGUUUUCUGCUCAGAGACUCUUUAGGUGGAAAUUCAAAGACAUACAUCAUAGCCUGUGUACAUCCAGGAAUUGGAUGCUUUGGUGAAACACUCUCAACUUUACACUUUGCAAGACGAGCCAAAAUGAUUAAAAAUAAAGCUCGGGUGAAUGAGGAUACACACGGGAAUGUCACACACUUACAAGCUGAAAUCAAACGACUCAAGGACGAACUUUACAAGUUUCAGUCUGGAGCGCUCGUACCGAUGCAGUCUGCACUCUCUCCUUCUGCACAUGCGGGUCAUGGUAGACUGGAGCGUCAGUGGAAGAAACAGUUCCUGGAUGCAAUGUAUCUUCGGGAGAAAUUGGAUACUGAGCGGCAGACUUUGAUGCAGAGAGUAGCAAGGCUGGAAGAUUAUUGUGAUAAGAAAGAGAAAUUCUUGCAGUCCUCUAAAAUGAUAAUUAAAUUUAGAGAGCAUACCAUUCUACAGUUAGAAAGAGUUCAGAAGAAAGAUCUAGCAAUAGAGGAUUCCUCCGAUCUCAUAAUUAAAAACUUGAAGAAUGAGAUCAAGGAGUUGAAUGAAAAGAUUGAACAUCAUCCUGGAAUUACCAAAUACGCCAUGGAGAAUCAGAAUCUCAGAGCUGAAAUCAAAAGACUUCAGCAAUUAGAAUCCAUUAGUAAUAUUAGCCAAUACGAACAAGACAGAGUGCAGCAGCUGGAACAAUGUUAUAAACAGUUGGUGUCAGAGAACGAAGUUGCUGACAGACCUGGAAGUGUAACACCUAAUACUACACCCCAACCAGGUGAUAAAGUAUCAUUGGCAACGCUGGAGAGAUGCAAAAUGCAAAUAAAGAACCUACAGGCAGCUUUAGAAACGACAAAACAAGGCUUUGCUGAACAAGAAGAAUUGGCAAGGCAGAAACGAAUUGAUAUGGAGGCAGAGAAUACUUCAUUAAAGAAGACAGUAUCAGAGCUGGAAAACGUUGUUGCUGCCAUGCAAGUUAAAAAUAAAAUGGAAAUGGAUCAUAUAAAUAAUAUACAUGCUGAAACUAUAAAGACCAUAACUACACCAAAGAGAGCUGGGAAUAGGUCUAGACUUGUGAUGGUUGGAAUGAAGUCGGAGUCAGGCUUAGAGUCACCAUUGUGUACCAACACUAGCAAUGGUGAUGUAGAAGAAAACCCAGAUGCUGAAGAGGAAGGAAUUGAUGACAUUGCGAUGCCUGAAGAGAUGGAGCAACAAAAAUGUGAGGCACUCGCAGAUGAAAUAAAGCGACUAGAGGAUAAAUGUAGUAAUCUGCUUGAACAGCUUCACCAAGAACAGGCUAGUAAUGUCAAGAUUAAACAAGAUAAUUGUAAACUUGAACUCCAGCACCAACAAUUCAGUGAAAUGCUGAGUACAAAUCGUAAUAACUGGUCUUCCAAGGAGCAUGAUUUGAACCAAAAUAUUUCUACACUGACAGCUCAAUUGGAAAUCCUGAAUGGUGAUCAUGAUAUUCUACAAAGUGAAGUAGAAGAUCUACGCAUUUUGUUAAAUUCUGCUGACAGACAGAUUGAAGAAGAGAAGCAAAUUAAACAAGCUGUGCAGUUGGAACACAAUGAAGAGAAAGCAUGUCUUCGUGAGAAAGUACUACGAAUCGAGUCAGAGAUGUUUGAAUUACAGAAACAGAUCGAUGAUCUCAGAGAGGAACGAGAUGUCUGCCAAAAUCAGUAUCAAACAUCAGAAAUGGAGAAGCAGCUGCAAGGAAAACAGCUUGAAGAUCUAACGACUCAGCUUGAUAAAGAAAAAGAACAAGUGAAACAAUUAGAAAGUCACAUGCAGCUAUUACUUGAGAAGCUGGAGACAGAGGUAGAGAAGUGUGUGGCAUUGAAGGCACAGUUAAAACAAGAAGACAAAGAGAAGGAACUACUGAAAGCAUUAGAUGACAACCAAUCACUAAAAUCUCAAAAUGUUGAUUUGGCAUCCCAGUGUCAACAACUUAGAGAAAAUCUUUCAAAAUUGCAAUCUGAGAAAGAUGCAUUGAAUUUGACAGUCAGUAGUUUAGUUAAGAGGGCAGUUUCUGAUAAGGAAGCAAUAUCUAGUUUGACUACCACCAUUCAAGAUUUGCGUUGUACAGUAACUGAUAGGGACAACAACAUAGCAACCUUAAGCAGUGAACUAAAUGAUGCAAUCAGCCAAUGUGAGUCCUUACAACAAACCAACGAAGAAAUUACUACAUUGACCAAGAAGUUAGAGGAAGAAAUUCACAAGAAAAAUGAGCUGUUCAUGACGCAAGCAGCCAAACACGAUGUUGAGAUUGAAUUGAUGAAGGAUGAGUUGGAGGAGUCUAUGGAUCAGUGCCAGAGUCUAACGGCUGAACUUGAUAAACAGACCACCCUACUUCAAUUAACACAUGGUGAAAAGGAAGUCCUGGCUACAAAUAUUACGGAGUUAAACCUGAAGAUAAAAGAGAUGGAAGAAGAGAAAAACAAGCUGGUUGUUGAUUUUGAAGAGAAAAUCAAAGAUGCUGAAGCAAAUAACUCAACUAUUGUUGUGGAAACGCAGAACGACGAUUUAUUGAAGACGAUAGAUGAUCAAAGAAAUGAAAUAACACAUUUGAAAUUAGCUCAAAACCAAAUGGCAAAGAUAUUUGAAGACUUUGAACAUGGGAGAGUGGAGAAAAAUGAAGAAAUCCGAAAUUUAAAACAUCAACUGACAGAGUUUGACUACAUAAAAGCCGAGAAUGAGAUGUUAAGUACAAAACAUCAGACACUGGGCUGCGAGUUUGAGUACUACAAAGAUAAAGUUGAAGAAAGGGAAGCCAGGAUGAAGCAGCAGCUUGACAGUGCUAAGAUAGAGCUAGAACGAUCCAAUGCGGCGUACUACAGUGCAAAUGAGAUCAGAGAUGAAACUAUAGAAUCAAAACUUAGAUUGGAAGCAGAAAUCGCCAAAAUGAGUGUGAAUAUGGAAAUACUCCUUGAUAGUAACAAAGAAAUAUCAGAAGAACUGGAGAGAAUACAGCAGCUAGAGAUUACUCACUUUCAAGAGAAAGAAAAUUACAGAUCACAGUUGGAAGAGACGAUGGAAGAAAAAACAAAACUCAUGAAAGAUAUAAAGAAAAUAGAAGAAAAGAACGAGGAAUUAGCAGCCCAGAAUGCCAAACUUAUUGGACAUCAAAACCUUAAACAGAAAAUACAGUAUCAUCUGCAAAUCAAGAAGGAAAACAACCAACUGAGAGAGCAAAUGGCACAAAUAAAAGCUGCGCAUGCAAGAACUGUAAAGGAGCUGGAACAGUACAAGAAAAAUGUUGAUGGUCAAAGUUUUGAAAAAUCAAGAAAGCAUGAUACAAAUUGCUCUGGUUUGAAGGAGAAUCUAGACCCGUCUAAUCAGAAUUGACUCAUGGCACAGAGUUUCAAUAUCGGUUACAUGGGAUGAGGCUGUGGACAUCACACUCUUUUAUUUCUUGUUUUUUUAUAAACAUAACGCAUGGCUUGAACUUUGGUAUGCUGAGGGUGCCCAAUUUCAAUGCCAAAAAUCUUUUAAAUUAUGAAGAAAGUUCUGUAAGGCAUUCAGGUGGGUCCCUCCCUUGGCGUUCCUGAAUUUUGAGCCCUGCUAAUGUUCCAGCUGCUUCUGCCUUGCUUUAAAAUUGUGCUGGCUGAAAUUGUUGCAUUCUUUUAGGCAGGUUACGACAACUUGACUGGUUUCCAACCUGCGGCGAUUCAUCACAGUUGUUCUGAUUAUAAUCUAGAUUUAAAGACAAUCCCCAGAGGUUAUUGGGCUUUCCACUAAGCAGCCAGAAAACCACGACUAACAGCAUCCAUACCGAGUGUGAAAAUCGGAGUUCUCCUAUUUGCUACAUUGACCAGUUGCGUUUCUUUCAGUGUUUAAGCUGAGCCUCUUCUGCAAACCAUUUUGUAAAUAUGUAUGAUAACAUCGUCAAAUGUUAAUCAAAGUUGUGUAAAUAGAAAUAAUUUUAUGUUUAUUCAAUACCUCCCAUGCUGCAAAAUAAGUCAUUAUGAUGUUGUCAUUUUAUUAUUUUCUUGGAAAUUUGUUCUUUAGUUUAAUAAAUCAUGUACAAUAGCAAUAUAUUAAUAUUCUAAACAGGUAGAGAUUAGAGUUGUCAAUUGUGUACAUUACAUUUGUUGAACACUAGCAAGAGUACAUGUACGAGGUCCAGAAUUGACGUGCACCGGCAUUUUUACUUUAAUUUUUAUAAAAUUCUAACAAAAAUCUGAAGCGCAUAUUUUUAAAAGAUCAGAAACCUAUUGUAAUAAUAAACAACAGUUUA